AUGGUGGAGGUGGUGGAGGAGAUUUGUAGACAUAUGGUGGAGGCGGUGGAGAGCUAUAGACAUAAGGAGGUGGUGGAGGAGACUUGUAGACAUAUGGUGGAGGCGGUGGAGAGCUAUAGACAUAAGGAGGUGGUGGAGGAGACUUGUAUACGUAUGGAGGUGGUGGAGGAGACUUGUAUACAUAUGGAGGUGGUGGUGGAGAACUGUAGAC